AUGGAGCGACACGACGAAGGAUUCCAUGCUGACGUGGAGGACGCGGAUGAUGACGGGAUGAUGGACCACUUGAGCGACCCGGGUGUUUAUUUCCAGCAGGAGACCGCGAACGAGGUGGCGCUGUCGCAGGCCAUGCGAUGGUGCAACCCGGACGACGACGUCGCGAACAAGUCCAACUAUUCGCACACGACGCCGGUCAGCCCUACCGCUGGAGAUCUCGAUGGUUCUCCUGGAGAGAAUCGCGGGGACGCGGUGUUGGCGCGCGAGGAGGCAGAGAAGCGCACGUCGCUAAGCGACGCGUCCGUGGAGAAUGUCGCCCUUUGGAGUCGCAGUCGCACGACGAUGGAGCACGACGACUAUGCGCACAUGUUCGACGCGCACGGCGGACUGCAGCCCGACGGCGACCGCGGUAAGAUCCGCGCAGACGGGGACGGGGGAGACGAGGGGGGAGAGAGGGAAGAGAGGGAAAGGCUCGAGGAGGAUAGGGACGAAGCGUGUGGUUAUCGGGAUGGGACGGGAGCAGACAGAUUCGGCGCGGAUGGAGACUACGAUGACGAUGACGAUAACGAUAACCGUCACGGGAACGAUGACGUCAUGGGGUUCCAGUUCUGGCGCACGUCGCUUCCGCAGGACGGCAGCGCAGACGGGCAGCACGCGGACGACGCGGAGUCGGCGCACGCGGCGGAGUACGGUACGAUGUGGCACAACAUGACAGGGCACCUCGAGAACAUGAAAGAUGACUGGGCGGAGGCGCAGGCGGUGGCGGAAGGGGAGGCAGGCAGCGGGGGCGAGGCGGAAGCCGACGACGAUACGCGGAGCCAAGCGUCCGCGCAUUCCGACACGGCGCUGCUCCUGGAUCACCUGCAGCUGGGGGUGUCGGGGCCGCUGUCGGUGCUGCCGUGGGACGAGGAGGCGGAGGAGGAGGCGGCGCAGGAGGCUGCGCGGGAUGCGCGGGAGGAGAUUCGCGCCUCGCGGGCGGAAAUGUACUUCAGCCCGGAGGGGGAGGAAGCGGAAGCGCCAAGAGGGGGAGAAGAGCCGUUUUCCUUGGGCCCGUCCGCCGUUGACGCCAGGGGCGCGGAUGGCCUUCCGCAGCGGGACGCUUCCGCCAUCCCCGCCGGAGAGGACGUUGGCGCGGGGGAUUCCGCAGCCAGUGAGGGCGCAACCAGCGACCAGGCGGGGCGGACCGAGCCCCGCUCGGACAUGCUUCUUCCGCGCAUCCGCACCACGGGGGACCUCCUCCUCGCCUGUCCGCCCACAGGCGCAUCUUCCCCCGUCGGCGAAGCGGCAGCCGGCGCGGACGCCAUUGCGGCGGACGCGCAGUCCAUGCCGGAGCUGGGGGACGUGCAGCUCUCCGCAGUGGAAGGAAGCGCAGGCGCGGGGACCAUCGGCUCGGGGGAGGGCAUUGGCGGAGCGUCCGCGGGGAAAGCGGCAGGUGUGGCGGGAGGAGAGGCGAAGGAGGCGGGGAAGGCGGGGGAGAUGACGGCGAUGUGGCUGGCGGGCAUCCCGCGCGUGGAGGCGUGGGUGCGGUGCCUCCCGCGCGGGCAGUGGGAGCCCGGCAUGAGCAAGCGCUCCAUGUCGCACGGCCACAUGCACGGAGGGGGCGCGGCGGCGGCGGGGAAUCUGCAGGCCGCGGUGGCUGUGGGGGCGGCGGCGGCGGCGGAGCAUGCGGGGAGGGUGGUGCGCGGGCUGGACAAGCACGCGGCGGCCGUGUACCUGUCCAUGCGCGGGCUGCUGGUCGUUCCGCCGCUGGGGGCGUUCUCGUCGCUCAAGACGCUCGACCUGUCGCGCAACAACAUCACGUCGGUGGCAACAGGGGUGCUGCCGAGGUCGCUGCACAUCCUGGACCUGUCACACAACCGCCUGGCCGCUGUGGAGGGGCUAAGAGAGCUCUCACGCCUCAAGGUGCUCAACCUCUCCAACAACCGCCUCGCCCGCAUCGGCCACGGGUUGUCGGGGUGUGUGGCGCUGAGGGAGCUGUACCUAGCGGGCAACAGGGUGGGCGAGGUGGAGGGGCUGCACCGCCUGCUCAAGCUCACCGUGCUCGACCUGGGCGCCAACAAGGUCACCACCACCAAGGCCCUCGGCCAGCUCGCCGCCAACUACGCCUCGCUGCGUGCACUCAACCUCGCAGGAAACCCCAUCCAUGUGAACCUGGGGGAUGACGCCUUCAAGCGCUACCUCAUUGGCCUGCUGCCACAGCUGCUGUACCUGAACCAGCGCCCCAUCAAGACGCCCUCGUCUCGCGACGCGCUCUCCGACCCGCUCAAGGCGCGAGGGGCCAGUGCGCCCCAGCUGCACCACGGGCACUCCUCCCGCUCCGCCUCUCGCACCGCUGGUGGCAGCACCUCACGGCACCGCACUGGCGGGAACAGCAGCAGCGGGCUCAGGAAGGCUGGGACAGGAGGAGUGAGUGGGUCGGGGAGUGGAGGGGGGUCGAAGGAUGGGCACCACAGGACUCACCAUGGGUCGAGCAGUGGGGCUCAUCAUUCGUCCCGCACUCGCACGGCCACGGGCGGGCAUUCGACGCAUCGGAGUAGGUCGGGCGUGGCUGGUGGGAGCAGUGCAGGAGUGGGGGAGAAGUCUCGGCACCACCAUCACCAUCAUCACCAUUGA